AAAUGAGCGUUACUUGUCUUAAGCAGAAAUGAAUAAGACUUGAUCCCUCCCUCUUUGUUUUUACUCGGCUGUUCCGUGCUGUCCUCAACUCUUUUCUUUUCAAUAAUGACGCUAUUAUCCUCUCAACUACUUGUAUUCUCCGCCCUGCACCGCCGUGCACCGCCAACCCUCUUUCCUUGGACCAACCCAACCACCACCCACACUGCCCCGUCCCUGUGUUCUCCUGUCCAGUUGGGCCAACCACGGCUGCCCCGCUUCGUUGCCGCCGCCGUCGCGGAAGAUCUGCUCUACAAUGCCGGAGCCACCGUCGGGGUUCUCGGCGGCGGUUACGCCCUCGUGCGUGCUUUUGAUGAACUCACUCGGAGGAACAUCCUCAACCAGGGUCUGAGCAGAAAGCUGGUACAUAUAUUGUCAGGCUUGCUUUUUUUGAUUUCUUGGCCUAUUUUCAGCAACUCCCCUAAAGCUCGAUACUUUGCCGCUUUUGUUCCUCUUGUCAAUUGCUUGAGGCUUUUGGUCAAUGGUUUUUCACUGACUUCUGAUGAGGGACUGAUCAAGUCUGUUACCAGAGAAGGAGAUCCACUAGAGCUGCUGAGGGGUCCUCUUUAUUACGUUAUGAUAUUGAUGUUAUGUGCUCUUGUGUUCUGGCGUGAGUCUCCAGUUGGGGUGGUGUCCUUAGCAAUGAUGUGUGGAGGGGAUGGUAUAGCUGACAUCAUUGGUAGAAGAUAUGGGCACACGAAGAUUCCUUACAAUGAAAAAAAGAGUUGGGCCGGUAGCAUAUCCAUGUUUGGCUUUGGAUUCUUGGUUUCAAUUGGGAUGCUAUACUAUUAUUCAGUUCUAGGACAUGUGCAGUUGGAUUGGGAAAGCACUGUGCCAAGAGUAGCUUUUAUUUCAUUCGUGGCAACGAUGGUGGAGUCCCUUCCCAUUACUAAGGUAGUAGAUGACAACAUCUCUGUUCCACUAGUUACCAUGGCACUCGCAUUCUUCACUUUCCAUUAUUAACUCUGGAACUUAAAGAGUGCGGCAAUUAACUCUAUUCUUGUCCAUUGUUGAAGAAUGGCUAUAAAUAUUUGGUUGUGUUAAAUGUUCUAAUAAACACGAUAAAUAUCUAUUUUUAUUUUACUAUUAUAAAUUUGUUGGAAUUUUGUACAUGUAUAAAAUUAUAAUAAUAAACGCUCUGGCAGUAACAAUUUA